AUGCCCUUUACCUACAAGGCUAACAGAAGACGGGCUCUUAACCUGGGACCUGAUACCAUAUCCGAUGUCAGCUUCACAACGGGGGGAUCUCCUCGCAAACGGCUCAACGUCAGCGAGAGAAAGCAUCGUCAAAGGCUCAUUGAAGCCCGUUACAAGGCUCACAUACUAGAAGCGGCCAAGACAAAAGCCAAGACCAAGAAAUUGUUGGCUCAGAGAAACGUUUUCGUUGGAAAUUUUGUCCCGGGCACUACGGAAGGGGAUCUCUGGCAGUUGUUCAAUCCCUGCGGAACUAUUAAAUACCUAAGCAUUGUGUGCAUCGGAGGCCUUCUCAUGCCUAAGUUUAGGGUCCACCCCGAGUACUACGAGGGUUACCGCGUCGAACAAUACGCGGAGAUUCGCUUUACUAAAGCAUGUUACGCAGACAGAGCAGUAGGAUUGAACGGGUUGUCGUGGCAUGGGCGGACGCUUGCGCGCUGUAGAUCUCUCGACGACCCAUGGAUGUACCUGAUCUCCGGCGCAAGAUCCAGGGACCUACAGCAGCAUCCGUUAGACGAGACUGUACUGGGCGGAACAAUCGCCUUACAUCCCAUAGGACAGCGCCUUUCUCAUCAUUCCGUCGCUACCAGGCCUUUGGGACCUCAGCCCACAGAGAUUAUUGAAGACAACAGUGAUGGAAAUAACGUUUCGUACCACCGGAAGCACGGUUAUAGUGCAGGCAGGCUCGAGCCCGACAGUGUGCAAACGGAUGACCGCGUUCUUCGGGUCUUUGGCAUUCCUUUGCCAAAGAAAAUGCUUGAACUUGUAAAGGGUUUCCCUUGGUAA